UUGCUUUGCCUAGGUUUUCCUUAAUCCCCAUUAAAGCACCUCCUGAAAUUCUCUUACCUGCAGGGAAAAAGUAGGCAAAAGGAUCCAUUUGUACCAGUCACCAUGCCAAGGGCUAGAGGGAAGCAGUAAUAGCAGCAGUGCCACCCAGAUAGGAAUGAGGAGCAGUUAAGGCCCUUCAUUUGAAGAAAAACAGAUCCAGAAUGAGGGUUUAGCUUGGCGCAGAAGCCGUUUGGAGCAACUUAUGUCUGGAGCAGCAUUAUCAGUGCACUUCAAACUCAAGUGGAAGUGAAAAAGCGUCGACAAAACCUAAAGUGCUACCAUGACUGUUUCAUCGGCUCAGAUGCCGUGGAUGUUGUCUUUGCUCAUCUUCUACAGAACAAAUAUUUUGGGGAUGUGGAUAUUUCUCGUGCAAAAAUAGUGCGAGUGUGUCAAGCGCUGAUGGACUACAAGGUGUUUGAGGCUGUUUCCACUAGAGUCUUUGGAAAAGACAAGCGAUCUGUAUUUGAAGAUAGUAGCAGUAGUCUCUACCGGUUCACAAAUGUCUCAAACCCAAUGGAUCUCGAUAAAGAUUAUCAGCAGUGUACACCCCAAAGAUAUGAGAAGACAAUGUUUAACCCUACUCCUGUCAAACCAGAAAGCUUGGAGGAUCUCUGGAAAAACUUGAGUCUAAAGCCUGCAAAUACUCCUCAAGUAAACAUCUCGGAAAGUCUGUCCCGUCGAGUCAUUAAUGAAGUAUGGCAAGAACAAACAAUUGCUCGUCUGCUGCAGCUCGUGGACCUUCCGCUCCUUGACUCUUUACUUGAGCACCGAGAGAGCAAACCUCAGCUUCCACAGCCAAAGAAGGGAGCUGGGUAUAUCAUCACGAGUAACUACUUGGACAGAGAGAUUCUAAAGGCUUUCAGUGACUCACAAACAGAUGAGUGGCUCUCUGCAGCAAUAGAUUGCUUAGAAUAUCUUCCAGAUCAUAUGGUAGUUGAUAUUAGCAGGAACUUGCCUGAUCAGCCAGAUAAAGCAGAUGCAUGGAAACUACUGCUGUUUGAAAAUAUUGGUAGAUACUAUGGCAAGAAAAAGGAGCCACUGUUAAGCCAUGCACCUGAAAUUCAUUCAGGAAUUGCAGAACUGUUGGUGAAUGGCAAGAUGGAGCAAUCUUUAGAAGCAGCUCAACUCUACUUGAAACUUCUAGACAGCCAAACGAGGGAGGAGUUCAGGAGACUACUAUACUUUAUGGCUGUUGCAGCACAUAAUUCUGAGCUCAAAUUACAGCAGGAGAGUGACAACAGGAUGGUUGUAAAAAGAAUGUUUUCUAAGGCUAUUAUCAACAAUAAAACCUUAUCCAGAGGGAAAACUGACCUCCUGAUCUUGUUCCUUGUGGAUCACCAAAGAGAUGUGUUAAAGAUUCCAGGGUCACUACAUAAAAUGGUCAGCAAUAAACUUGUGGCUAUGCAGAAAGGCCAAGAUCCUAGUAACAUAACAGGCUACACCUUUUGCCAGAAGCUUGAUGAGAGUGAAUAUCGCUCCAAUACAGAGAAGACCACAAAAGAUGAACUGUUAUCCCUACUAAAAGCUAUUGAUGAGGAUUCAAAGCUCUCUGACAAAGAGAGAAAGAGACUGUUAGGUCAGUUUCAUAGUAGUAAUCCAAGUAUUUUUAUGCAGUAUUUUGGAGACAAGGUUACUAAUAUGUGUGUGUGACAUUAUAGAGGGAAAAUAAUCUAUACUUACUGCAGCAUUCAAAACACUAAUAUAUUUUUAAAUCUUUUGUAUUCAUAUAUCUAAUAAAAUUAUUUUGUGGAAUGUGAUGGAGUUUAUGC